AUCAUUGAUGGGUUUAUGACACAUUACCUGAGAGAGGGUGAACCGUAUCUGAACACAGCCUAUGGACACAUGAUCUGCUACUGGGAUGGCUCUGUUCACUACCUGAUGUACCUGGUGAUGGUGGCUGCCAUAGCAUGGGAUUGUUGUAGGGAAAGCUACAGAACCAUUGGCCUAUACUGGGUUGGAUCCAUUAUAAUGAGCAUUGUGGUUUUUGUGCCUGGAAACAUUGUAGGAAAAUACGGAACACGGAUUUGUCCUGCAUUCUUCUUAAGCAUACCAUAUACAUGUCUUCCCGUCUGGGCUGGCUUCAGAAUCUAUAAUCAGCCACCAGAAAACUAUAAUUAUCCAUCAAAGGUUCUUCAAGAAGCCCAAGCAAAGGCUCUUCUGAGAAGACCAUUUGACUUAAUAUUGGUUGUGUGUCUUUUCUUGGCAACUGGAUUUUGCCUGUUCAGAGGCUUGAUUGCUUUGGAUUGCCCAGCUGAGCUCUGCCGACUCUACACACAGUUUCAAGAACCCUACCUAAAGGACCCUGCUGCUUACCCUAAAAUUCAGAUGCUGGCGUACAUGUUCUAUUCUGUUCCUUACUUUGUGAUUGCACUUUACGGCUUAGUGGUUCCAGGAUGUUCAUGGAUGCCCGACAUAACACUGGUCCAUGCUGGAGGGAUAGCCCAGGCUCAGUUUUCUCACAUUGGUGCUUCCCUUCAUGCUAGAACUGCUUAUGUCUACAGAGUCCCUGAAGAAGCGAAAAUCCUUUUUUUAGCAUUAAACAUAGCAUAUGGAGUUCUUCCUCAGCUCUUGGCCUACCGCUGUACCUACAAUCCCGAGUUCUUCAUAAGAAUAAAGGCAGAUGAAAAGGUGGAAUAAAUAUACCUCAUGUUC